UUAACAUCAUUUAAUCAUAACAUUUUAAAACUCAGUGUGAUUUACAACCAGAUCAAUAUUUUAAAAAGCCAAUAUUUUUUCUACAGUUUAUUUGAAAAGAGAGCACCAUGGAAAAGAAAGACUUCCUGUGUAUCUUGUACGUUAUCCUAUUGGUUGCUCCUGGUCCCAUCUUCGCCAAUGCUAGAAUAAAGAAACAGGAGUCAAGAAAUAAACGUCAGGCCCAAGUUCUCUUACCGUUGGCGUCUUAUGCUGGAAUGGCCGUGUCUGGUCCUCUCUUCCUAGCUCUAGUAGCAUUUUACGGUGCUGCCGAAGUUGCACGAUAUGCAAUUCGAGGAACAAGGAGUACUGCGGUUGCUACUUACGAUUAUCGCAAUCAUAAUUGUGGAAAUUGGUUCAAAGAUGGAUGGUGCAGAGAAGAAUGUUUUUCGCAUGAGUACAAUGAUCCUAUUGCAGCGGAGAUCUGUGAUGGUUGGAAUUGUUGCAAGUCCCGUAUUUGAGACGACAUAUACGUUGCAUUUCAUUCAAUAUUACAAAAUAAUAAAUUGCAUUUUUUUUAUUAUUCAACAGCAAUGAAUAUAGUUCGUGUUCUUCAUGGUAUCAUUAUAUUAUCUAGAUUGAUGAACAUUCUUAAAUACCUUGACAUUGUUUGUGUGUUCCAUGAAUGUCCUCUUAAAUUGAAUUUAAUAGACAAUUUUAUCCCUCAAGUAUAAAUUG